GAUAAGAGAUAAAUAAAAAGGGCGCAUUUCCUCUCGUCCGGCCAAUUAGACCCCCCGUUUCCUCUCAAUGUCUCAGUGGUAAGCCUUACUUGGACAACCUUUCUGGCGAACCCAUCAAAUUAGCAUCUUUAUAUCAUACACUGAAAAUGGAGAAGUGCUGGCUUCUAGCUGUUCUCCUCCUUCGCAUAAGUUCAACAGUGGCUGCUUUUUCUGUGGGUGGUGGGAUUGGUGUUGAUGUUGGCAUUGGUAAUGCAGGCGGCGGCGGCGGCGGCGGCGGUGGAGGUGUUUGGAUUGGUGGUGGGAUCAACAACCCAGUGCCAUCUGGUUCCGGAUCUUCGGUUCCAAGUCUCAACGGAGCUUACACUGCUCUUCAGGCAUGGAAAUCUGCAAUCAAAGAUGACCCAUUGAGGAUUUUAGACACUUGGGUUGGCUCUGAUGUCUGUUCUUAUAAAGGAGUCUUUUGUGCAGAGCCUCAAGAUGAGAUGGAUGCAUCACCCGGGCGUGUUGUUGCAGGUAUAGAUCUCAACCACGCAAAUCUUCAAGGCACUCUUGUCAAGGAACUCUCUUUGCUCACUGAUAUUUCGCUUUUCCACCUCAACAGCAACAGAUUUUCUGGCACACUUCCUGACACUUUCAGAGAUCUCUUCUCACUCCAAGAGCUAGACCUUAGUAACAACCUCUUCUCUGGUCCUUUCCCCGUGGUCACUCUAUACAUUCCAAACCUCAUUUACUUGGACCUCAGGUUCAAUGAAUUCUCGGGGUCCAUUCCUGAUGAUCUAUUCAACAAGAAACUAGAUGCAAUCUUUCUCAAUAACAACCAAUUUGAAGGCCAGCUUCCGCAAAACUUGGCUAACUCACCAGCUUCUGUGAUAAAUUUAGCCAACAACAAGUUCAGUGGAAACAUCCCGAUUAGUUUUGGCUUCAUGGGUUCCAACCUCAAGGAGAUAUUGUUUCUUAACAACCGAUUAACAGGUUGCAUUCCUGAGGGAGUUGGGCUUUUCACAGAGAUGCAAGUGUUGGACGUAAGCUCGAAUUCGUUAAUGGGUCAUUUGCCGGACACCAUAUCUUGUCUGGAAAACAUGGAGGUUCUCAAUUUGGCACACAACGAGCUAUCUGGGGUUGUGCCAGACCCAGUUUGUUCUCUGAAAAGGCUCGUGAAUCUGACUGUUGCUUACAAUUUCUUUUCUGGGUUCAGCCAGCAGUGCAACAAACUAUUCUUCAGGAAUGUGGGGUUUGAUUUCUCAGUGAAUUGCGUCCCUGGGAAGAACAUGCAGAGACCUCAGCCAGAAUGCUCGUUGAUUCCUGGAGGUGGGUUGAAUUGUCUGAGAAUCCCUCUUGUUUGUGGAUCAAUAGGAGUAAUGGCUGCUGCAGAAACUCGCCCCAGCUCAUCCUCAUCCUCCUCCUCAUCUCCAUGAGGGUAGAUUUACUAGUACAGGUACACUCGUUUAUGUACGACUUGACUGGUUGGUGAUGUCUGUCGGAAUGUUUAAUAAUAGAAUUCAAUGAUUAGAGGAGCUUCUCAAUU